GUAAACUUCACUAAAACCCACAGUAUGAAAAACAGAGCAAAGAAUCAUAUAAAACCAAGUAAACCUUGAGAUUACCACUUGUCACAUUGCAACAACAUAUAACUAUGAAUAUGAGAACAUGUAUAAAACUAAAUUGAACAACCUCGAUUUUUUAUUUUAUUUGUAUUAAUUUCAUUAAGAUUUUUUAUUAAACAUGGACCUUUACUUUCAUUAAAUAGACUUAUUGUUUAUUGUAGGCUCAUUUUGUAAAUGUUAGCAAUUACUGUAGACAUAAGCAAAAAGUGGGAGCUUCCUGCAAAUGUCAUUUCUCACAUUUACAAAAUCAGGUGAUUGUUCACCCAUCAAUAGAAAUGUCUCUGUUUAUAAAGACAAAAGAAUGAAAACAUGGUGCACCUCCAAAAAAAAACUUUCAGCUUUGGUUUUAUUCUUUAUGCAUGUGACAUCACGGUAAGUGAAACUCGCCGCGGUCACGCAAACUGAGUGGCAAAACGGCUGAGCGGCAGCAUUAGUGUAUAGCAUGAAUUCUGCGAAAACACAGAAAAAACGCAUCUAAAAUGGGAAAAAGCUGUUGUGAGAUCGACUGUGCUAACAGAUUCAUCAGUAAUUCAGCACUAUCUUUUUACAGAGUGCCAAAAUACCAUUCAGUCCUUUUUUACUAAGUCGAACCGUGUAAGUGUAAGUUCUUUUGGCAUGUGGUAUUCAUGUUGUACAAUGAUGAAUAAUUUGCUAUAAACUUCUUUUUAAACGCUGCCUAUUUCCAUUGAUGAAUAAUGGGGGCUCAUUCAUUCUCUGACUGUGUUUUACCUUCACAAAUAUAUAACGUUAGUAAGUGAAUUAUGACUAGUUAGCUGAGGGGUUACCAGAUAAAAUUAUAGAAUAAUAUAUAUAUAUAGAAUGUUUAUUGGUGUUCUUGUCACUUUAAUUUUUCCAACAAAUCCCAUCGCGAAGUAGGGCCAAGCAUCAAAGCUUUUGUAUGCAUUCAAGCUUCAGGUAUAUAUAAAUGUUGGAAAAAAACGAUUUCUGGCCACAUGCCAAUGUCCAAUGACCACAGGUUCUUGGGCAAGUUAUAAGAGUCACUGUCGAGUCCAACUGCCUUUAAUUUAAGCUGAUAAUCGUUAGUUAUAGACUACUAGCGUUUCCGCCAUUUUGUUGGAUGUGUUGCCCUCAGUCCCCCCGAGGGGGCGUGUUCCGGCGGGAAAGUGACGUCAAUGCUUACCCUCUAUAUAAGCGAGUUUGUCAUUGUACUGUUUUGUAGUUGUUGUGUUUUUCAUUAUGAAUAAUAGUGAACCCACAAUUCAAGCAAUAACCGCCCGAAUUGCUGCGAAAGUAAAAUGCGCACAGGGGCAUACAUAAGCAUUUAAAAGCGAAGGGGAAACGCUUUUAAAUGCUUAUGAAUGCUCCUGUGCACGUUUUACUACCCCAUAGGGGUAUACCGGUUUUACCGGUGUUGUCACAUGUCACAUUCCUACCACAAAAAUGUUGCAAACCUCAAAUGUAGCCAAACUGAACAGAACUCAGUGUAAUACAUUAAUUUGUAAUGUUAUGCGUCACUUAGUCAGUACAUAGUGUGAUUUAACAGUGAGAGGCGUGGCUGGAUAAUGACAGGCGUAUGAUUAACUUUACUUAAACGUAAUUAAUCACAUCCCAUGCCUGAAAUGGCAUUCAGAAAUGCAAGGGUGUGUGUGUGUGUGUCUGUCCCCAAACAAGUUUAUAAUUUGACCUUGCUGGGGUUGUCUUUUAAAGUUUCCAGGUUAGAAGGCAAACACGCACCUUGAUUUCGCACUUCGAUCUUUCCAAGCCUUCUCGAAAACAAUGUCACUUCUGUUUAUGGAGAAAUAAUGGACAUGUAGGAGAAUUGUUUCUCAGACCGGUCGCAGUGUUUUGCUACUUCUUGGAUGGGAGUUUUUAAGCCUUGGUGAUGCCUGCCUUUUAAAAUUUUUUGAAGCUUCACAAUUUUUUUGUAAUAAGGCUAUGGACUGUAGGAGGCUGUUAAAGCUGCUGCUUGCCUGCCUGGUUGUGUUUGCUGCUGCAAAGUUUUAUUUCCACAGUCAAAGAACAAAAACUGUAGAUGACAUAAGCAACAAGAAGCCUGUCCUGAUCGCAGAUCGUUUCUGGAUGCCACAAAGCGUAUCUGAAGUCAGCAACUUGCCUGUGUCACCAGCCCUUCAAAAGAAUGAGAAGGCAGAGGACAAAACGACUAAGAUUCAACCAAAGCUGGAAGUAAAUAGCACACUAAUAGCCCCAGUGAAAACGCGUACAGGCCCUCUCCGUGUCGUACACUUAGAUCUUAAGGGGGCAGCACCCAAAGUCAGUUAUUUUCAGCAGAUCUUUCCACUAAUCUCCAGUCUUGGUGCUGAUGGGAUUUUGGUGGAGUAUGAGGAUAUGUUUCCCUAUGAAGGGGACCUUGAAGUUCUCAGGGCACCUUUUGCAUACAGUGCAGAGGACAUACAAGAAAUUAGGACAUUGGCCAGCCUCUACAACCUUGAGCUGAUACCCCUGGUGCAGGUGUUUGGACAUCUAGAGUUUGUCCUGAAACAUGAACAGUUUUUUGACUUGAGAGAAGUGGCCAACUAUCCUAACAGCCUGAACCCUCUGGUCCCUGGAAGCUUAAAACUGGUUAAAGAAAUGCUAACUCAGGUCCUGAAGAAGCAUCCACAGACACAAUGGAUUCAUAUUGGCGCUGAUGAGGUUCUCAGCCUUGGUGAGAGUGAGGACUCAAAAAACUGGUUGAAGCAAAAUAAUGGAAGCCUAGGAGCACUCUUCCUCAGCCAUGUGACAAAGGUCUGCCACUUCCUGGCUGAACUGAGGCCUGGAAUAAAGCCUAUAUUUUGGGAAGACAUGCUCAGGAAGAUUAGUGCCACGUUAAUCAAAGAAUCCGGUAUGUCGACUCUCGCAUCCCCUAUGAUAUGGAAAUAUGAUUCAAAAAUGGAUUUGUCCAAGAUAGGACAGCUGCUAUCUAACUACCAACAGGCUGGAUUUCAGACUGUGUGGUUUGCAAGUGCAUUUAAAGGAGCUUCAGGCAUUGACCAGAGAUGGACACCACUAAAUCACCACUUACAGAAUCACCUAGCCUGGCUUAAAGUCAUGGACUCCAUGUCUAAAUACCCCUCUAUGAAACUAGACGGCAUUGCUUUAACAGGCUGGCAAAGAUACGAGCAUCACACAGUGCUAUGUGAACUGCUUCCUGUGGCUAUCCCCUCUUUGGCAAUCUGUCUAGAGACUCUAAAAUAUGGUUCAUUUAAUCGUACAGCUGAAACUGACAUACAAAUACAUUUGGGCUGCAAAGUUGACCUUCAAGCUAAUAGCUGUCAAGGUAAUGGGUCAUUUCCAGGCUCUGAAAUUUAUUACAUGGUUCAAGAAAUCCACAAUAAACUUCAGAAAUCCACUGAAACAAUAACUCAAGACUAUCACCUGAGAGGAUCAUUUAGUGCUUACCAAAGAAAACACAGCUUUGCCAAUCCACGGAACAUUGGAUAUUUUAAGGGUGCACUAAACAAAUUGCUGAAUAAGUGGGAUCACUUUAUGGCGAUGUUCAAGAUGGAGAUGUUGACUGUCUACUUCGAAGACACUGUGGAUGAAUGGAUGGAAGAGAACGUUAACCAAUACAUGGAUAAACUCUAUAGUUUGGACAAAGAUGUAGAGCGCAUUGUUCAACUCAAAGGAAAAGCAAUGAACCGUACAAUUGUAUGAUUAAUACAUUUUUAAGUAUAUAUGGAUGUUAAACAUGUCUGACCUCCUUAGGAGGCUGAAAAUGUUUAUUUUCUAUUUGACUAAAAUACUCCACAUUUUGUUGUUGUUACCAGGAAAAAUGAUAUGGGAUUUAUAUUGAUGUGAUAUGAUAGGGGUGAAUAUUUGGUUGUGUGUAACUGGGAGACAUAUAUGAGGACUUUUUUCCCCAUUAUGUUUCAUGUUUCAUUGGUGUAUUAUUGUGAUGGCUAGACGACUGGGUCAGAGCAUAUCCAAAAGUCAGAUCUUGUGUUCCGGGUGCAGUGGUUAGUAC